AUGUGUCCGAAUGGAGUGGCGGCUGUGCAUAAGGCGUGACAGAGGGCAAAAGAAGAGGGUAGCGGGCAGUCGAGCUGCCACCUGGCCACACAGAUAUUUCUGGCGCUGCGUAUUUUCGUCAACGACGAGCUUAAUGAGCUUUGCGUGGGUCUGGAGGCGGCUCAUCGAUUGCUGCGACCAUCGGGACGGGCUGCAGUCAUCUCCUUUCACUCUCUCGAGGAUCGACUAGUAAAACGCGCCUUUGCUAUGCAAGGUUAUCAUGCUCAUGGGCUUGCUCAGCGUUUGGCUGAUUCAUCCUCAGUAAAAAGUCCUUAUGGGCAUUUUUGGCGUGAACAGAGGCCCAAUCUAUGGCGCCAGGUUGCUGGACCCAUACGACCCACAAGUGCGGAGGUUCUUGUGAACAGACGAAGUCGAUCUGCGAAGCUUCGUGUCGGCGAAAAGACGUUGGGAGAAUAG